AUGCCCACCCAAUCCCAACCCCCAAAAACCAGCACCUACAUCCAACCCAAAAACCCCAUUUCACAAACUCCCCUAGAACAACGCAUCCCCUCCACUCGCCACCACGGCAACAACGUGCCCGCCAUAAUCCGGGGUCCACAAUCCAAGCCCUCAAACAGUGAUGCCCUAUCGAAGCAUACCCGAACCCCCAAACAGAAACAACGCGACCUCCACUCUGCGGCGGACGUGGACACGGAAUACGGGCUCGAGCAGCAGCCAGCGGAGGGGGAUAUCGCGGCAAGGGUUGAGGGGAAGAGUGCCCGUGCCCGUGAGCAGGCGGGGGCUCAUGCGGGGCCUGUGGGGAGUAUGUUUGGGCCGGGGUGUCCUGCUACUGCUUUUGCUUCCUCUGGUUUUGGCUCUGGUUCUGCUGGUGAUGGUGGGGAAUUGAGGGAGUUGGGGAGGAAGAGGGAGGAGCAUGAUCGGAUGCUUGGGGAGAGGGUUGGACAGUCGCCUGCGGAGCCGGAUGGGGAUUUUGAUGGUGGUUCUGAGAGGGAGGAGGCUUGGAGGAGGAAGUUGGAGAGGGAGGAAGAAGUUGAUGUUGGGAGUGCGGUUAGGGAGGGGACGGGAAAUGCGGUUGUUAGGUGA